AUGGCCGAGGCUUCAUCUUCAAAUGACCUUAAGCAGAUCCUAGAGCUCAUGCAGAAACGUGAACGGGAGCAUGCUGCAGAGAUGCAAGAGCUUCGUAAUGCCUUUGAGGAUUUGAAGGAGAAUAUGGCACAUGGAGGAGCGAACUCACGCAAUGUUCAUGGACCGUUUCAGGUCAGAAAUGUUAAGCUGGAUUUUCCACGUUUUGAUGGUUCAGAUGUGCUACAAUGGAUAUUUAAAGCGGAGCAAUUCUUCGACUAUUAUGAUACUCCGGAUGAACAGCGGUUGACCAUAGCAGCAAUUCAUUUCGAAAAAGAAGUGGUGCCGUGGUAUCAAAUGAUGCAAAGAAAUAAUCCCAUUGUUUCAUGGAACACCUUGGUCCGUUCAUUAGAGUUGGAAUUUGGCCCUUCACCCUUUGAAUCACCUAGAUCUACCUUGUUUAAACUCACCCAAUCCACAUCUGUCAAUGAAUAUUAUGUGCAGUUUACAGCUCUUGCUAAUAAGAUUUAUGGUGUUAGCAAUGAAGCCCUUCUAGAUUGCUUCAUCAGUGGGUUGAAAACCGACAUUCGUAGAGAGAAAUGCAAUCACGCAGGGAAAAAGGGCUGUGUUAUACAUGCGAUGAGAGGUUUGUCACCAGCAGAAAUGCAAUCACACAGGGAAAAAGGGCUGUGUUAUACAUGCGAUGAGAGGUUGACGGCAAACCAUAAGUGUCCAAAUCGCCAAUAUACAUUUUUACAAGUUGAAUAUGAUGAGGAGGAGCAGACUGAUACGGAAAUUCCUGCCUUAGAACAGAACUUGGAACACCAUCUGUCUCUUAAUGCUUUAAAGGGUGUUACCGGUGUGGGAACUAUGCGUUUUCAAGGGUCAUUACAAGGCCUGACUAUUCAGAUAUUGUUGGAUAGUGGGAGUUCUGAUAAUUUCUUGCAACCACGAAUUGCUCAUUGCCUUAAACUGCCGGUGGAGGAUAUGUUCUCUCUGCAGGUUCUGGUAGGCAAUGGAAAUGCCAUGUCUACUGAAGGGGUUAUUAAAGAAAUUCAGGUUAAGGUGCAAGGCCAUACACUUAAACUUCCAGUGUACCUAUUACCAGUUUUUGGUGCUGAUUUGAUAUUAGGUGCUGCUUGGUUGGCUACUAUUGGACCACACAUUGCAGACUAUCGUUCACUCUCCUUAAAGUUUUAUUCGGACAAACAACUCAUUACAUUGCAAGGUGAGCCACCAACUCUGCCAAAACCAGCAGAGCUGCAUCAGAUGACUAGAUUGUGCAAAACUGAUGCCAUUGCAGAACUGUUUACAUUACAAUUAACUCAACCUCUAACUCUAGAGGAUGAUGGCUUGGUUAUCCUAGAGAAUAUUGACCCUGACAUUGCACUUCUACUUCACACAUACAACAUGAUCUUUGCAAAACCGAAGGGCCUUCCCCCAAAUAGAUCUCAAAACCACUGCAUUCCUCUCUUGCCGGAUGUGAAUGCUGUGAGAGUGAGGCCAUACAAAUAUCCUCACAGUCAGAAACAACAAAUUGAGAAUAUGGUGCAACAAAUGUUGGACGAAGGCAUUAUUACCCACAGCACCAGCCCCUUCUCUUGCCCAAUUAUUUUGGUCAAAAAGAAAGAUGGUACUUGGAGAUUUUGUACUGACUACAGAGCACUGAAUGCUGUCACAAUCAAAGACAAAUUUCCUAUCCCAACUGUUGAGGAGCUACUAGAUGAAUUAUUUGGUGCAAAAUUCUUCUCUAAGUUGGACCUCAAAUCAGGCUAUCACCAAAUAUUGGUUCAUCCUGCUGACAGAUUCAAAACUGCCUUUCGAACUCAUCAAGGCCACUACUCACACUAUAAUAUAAAAUUUUUGAUUUAA